AUACAAUCCGUAAUAGGUUCUCUUUUUUGUUUCUCAUGUGCAAAUUGUGGACGUGUUUGGCGGGAGUUUGUUUUUAGUUCUGAAAAAAUUCAUGUACUUCGUUACAUGCACCAUUCCAUUAGUUUCAUCUAUUAAAGAAUGGUAAAAGUUUUAAAUUAAAAAUGUCCUCUAGCAUACUGAAACCCGUAGAUGUAAAUAUCGACAGAUCGCCCUCGCGGAAAAGGGCACGGUACGAUGAAGACGUUAAGGAUUCCCGCGACAGGGAAACGUGGAAAGUGCACGAGGGUUUCGAUUUCAUAGGCAUAGGCCGUUUAGACUGCGACGAUGAUGAUAUACUGACUGAUGAUGAUACGAUAUUUAGCAGAAACGAGUCUGGGGUGAUUGACGUUUCUUGCGCCUCUAUGACACCAAAUACACGUGAAAAACAGCUUUCAUUAAUAGAAUCUACGUUAACAAAGGAAGCACUAGAUAAAUUAUGCCUCGGAGAAUGGGAUACGUUAAUAGAAAAGAAACCAACUAUCAGGCCAUCAGAUAAAACCAACUACUUUGACUUGCUCUCGGACGAAGUAAUCUUGUACGUAUUCAGAUGGCUGCCAAAGUCCUGCCUUUUGGACAUAUCCCUAGUAUGUAAGAGAUUCAAUAGACUAACCAAUGAUGAGAGUUUGUGGACUAGAAUGGAAUGCUCCAAUAAGAUCUUGAAGCAAGGCGAGUUGGGCAAAGUGCUCAGCAAACAAGUCAUUGUACUGAGAUUGGCCAAGAGUUUAAUAAAAUUUCCUCCAAUACUGCCGGGGGUGAAAGCCCAUUCGACUGAUUUCAAAUCGAGGCUGCUCUACUUAGACUUGAGCAUGGCCUUCAUAUCGCCUCAAAGCCUGACGGCCUUGUUCGGCAAGUGCGAACGCCUCAAAAAGGUGAGCUUAGAGAACCUGCACGUCAACGAUGACGUUCUGAUCGCUCUAUCGGCCAACAAAGACGUUGAAGUAAUCAAUUUCGCCAUGGUGAACGGGCUAAUGGAAGACGGGUUCAAGUAUUUAUUGACCAAUUGUAGGAAAAUACGUGAAUUGAACAUCGCAUGGACUUACUUGAACUCCUCCACCAUCCAAUACAUCUGCCGGAAUCUACCUUCCACAAUGGACAGGCUGAAUUUUUCCGGGUGCGGGAAGAACUUUGAAGAUAAAAAUGUAGUAGAUUUAGUAGCCAGUUGUCCGCGACUAAGAGAGCUGGAUUUGUCCGAUUGUACUGUCAUAACGGGCGAAGCCGUGAGGCAUAUUACAGUAUUAGAAGAUUUAAAUUUCCUAGCGAUGUCUCGGUGCUAUUUGGUUCCCUAUACUGCCUUCUUACUGUUAAAAAAGCUAAUCAAUCUCUCUUAUUUGGACAUCCACGGGAGCUACAGCGAUACGGUGGAGUUGAGAUUGAUCCAAGAGGGUUUGGGCGCGAGGGUGCAAUUGAACAAGUUCAAAUUCAGUUCGAUUGCCAGGCCUACUGUGGGCUUGCGGAGGUCCAGCAUAUGGAAUAUGCGCGUCAGAGACUGAAUCCCUUCUUAAUUGUGAUUUCUAAUGUUAUACAGAAAAAAUAUGUUUGAUAAUUGAAUCAGUUCGUAGGCUUUUUUAAUAAAUACUUUUUGAAUUGUAUAA